UUUUGUUCGUUUUGGAUUGCAAAUAGAUAACGCUGCGCGUAAAUCAGCCAAUAAACAAGGAAGAAACAAACGUUAAAAAUGCUGCCCGACGACGACGUUGCUGUUGACUAAUAACAAGAGCGUGUGCGUCUGUGUGCGUGUGCUUCUUGUAUGCCAGUGAGUGUGUGGUGGAGUGCAGAAAUGUUUUCCAGUGGUGGCAGCCAUGGGAUUAGCGUUGGCGUCGCCUCCACUGUGCAGGACUCGGAUGGCUAUGAUUUUACAAAAAACGAGAACGCGGCACGUUGGCGGGGUUUAUUUAUACCAUCGCUGCGAAAGGUGCUCGAGCAGGUGAAUCCCCGUGUGACAGCCAAAGAGGAUGCACUGCACUAUGUGGAGAAUCUGUGUGUGCGCCUAUUGGCCAAAUUGUGUGCGAAACCACUGCCGCAUUCAGUGCAGGAUGUUGAGGAGAAGGUGAACAAAUCGUUUCCAGCGCCCAUCGAUCAGUGGGCCUUGAAGGAGGCCAACGAAGUGAUCAAUUCGAAGAAGCGCAAAUCUCUAUUGCCCACGGAACGUGUGCAUACGCUGCUGCAGAAGGAUGUGCUGCAGUAUAAGAUCGAUAGCUCGGUCUCAUCGUAUUUGGUCGCUGUUCUCGAGUGCAUCUCAGCCGAUAUACUCAAAAUGGCUGCCGAUUAUGUCUGUGCAAUGCGACACAGCGAGAUCGCCAAAGAGGACAUUGAGGUCGUUCUGAAUGCGGAUGGUGUGCUUCUCGACAUGCUCAAUCGCAGCAGCGAACAGCUCAAGUGCAAUGUGCUGCCCAGUCCUCUGUCGCUGCCAGCGCAACGGGCGAGCGCCACCUACGAGGAGACGGUCAAGGAGCUGAUUAACGAUGAGAAACAAUAUCAGCGAGAUCUGCAUAUGAUCAUUCGUGUCUUUCGCGAGGAGCUACUCAAAAUUGCACGCGAUCCAAAGGAGCUGGAGCCGAUAUUCUCCAAUAUCAUUGACAUUUAUGAGGUAACAGUGACGCUGCUUGGCUCCCUUGAGGAUGUCAUCGAGAUGUCUCAGGAACAGAAUGCGCCCUGUGUGGCCAGCUGUUUUGAGGAGCUCGCCGAGGCCGAGGAGUUCGAUGUCUAUAAGAAAUAUGCACACGACGUCACCUCGCAGGCAUCGCGCGAUGCUCUAAGCAAUCUGCUUGCCAAGCCCGACGCCCUGUCGCUUAUGUCUGCCGGCCAUGGUUUCCGUGAGGCGGUCAAGUAUUAUUUGCCCAAGCUGUUGCUGGUGCCCAUCUGCCAUGCGUUUGUCUAUUUUGACUAUAUCAAGCAUUUCAUGGAUCUCAGUACAUCACAGGACGACAUCGAGAGCUUUGCUCAAGUGCAGGGCUUGCUCCAUCCGUUGCACUGCGAUCUCGAGAAGGUAUUGGCCAACUUGUCUAAGAAGCGACUCGUCCCAGUCAGCGGUCGUGUGCGACGCCAAAUGGCUAUUGAGCGGACACGGGAGCUGCAGCUGAAGGUCGAGCACUGGGAUGACAAAGAUGUGGGCCUUAAUUGCAAUGAGUUUAUACGCGAGGAUUCACUCAGCAAGCUUGGCUCGGGCAAACGCAUCUGGAGCGAGCGCAAGGUAUUCCUUUUCGAUGGUCUCAUGGUUUUAUGCAAGGCAAAUACUAAGAAGCAGACCCCAUCGGCUGGUGCCACCGCCUACGAUUAUCGACUGAAGGAGAAGUUCUUUAUGCGUCGCGUCGAGAUCAACGAUCGUGCGGAUACGGAUGAGCUGAAGCACAGCUUUGAACUAAUCACACGCAUACAUUCCGUCAUUGUGCUCUCCGCAGAGAAUGCCCAGCACAAGAGUGACUGGAUGGCUGAUUUGAUUAUGGUGAAUACGAAAUCAAUGCUAGAUCGUAUACUGGACAGCAUACUACAAGACAUUGAGCGCAAGCAUCCGUUACGCAUGCCCAGCGCGGAGAUCUACAAAUUUGCGGUGCCCGACAGCGCUGAGAAUAUUGUAUUAGAGGAGCGUGACAGUGGCGUAGUGCCGAUGAUUAAGGGUGCUACUCUAUGCAAACUGAUCGAGCGCCUCACCUAUCACAUCUAUGCGGAUCCGACGUUUGUGCGCACCUUUCUCACCACAUAUCGGUACUUCUGCUCGCCGCAGCAGCUUCUGACGCUGCUAAUCGAACGCUUCGAGAUACCGGAGCCAAGUCUCGUUUACCAGGAGCAGCAGUCGAACCACAAUGAACAUCAUCACGACAAAGAUGCAUCAGCGACAGCGACGGUGUCAACGGCGGAUAGCGAGAAAAUGUUAAAGAACUCGCAGCGCGAGGAUUGGAAACGUUAUCGCAAGGAGUUCGUGCAGCCAGUGCAAUUUCGUGUGCUGAAUGUCCUGCGCCACUGGGUGGAUCAUCAUUUCUAUGAUUUUGAGAAGGAUCCAACGCUGCUGGACAGACUGUUGCAUUUUCUCAAUGACGUCAACAGCAAAUCCAUGCGCAAAUGGGUAGACUCUGUGCGCAAGAUUGUCGAUCGCAAGAACAAGCAAAGCAAUAAGAAGAUCGUCUAUGCCUAUGGACACGAUCCGCCACCCAUUGAAUACCAUUUGAAUGUGCCCGAUGAGGAGAUAACGCUACUGACGUUGCAUCCAUUAGAGGUGGCAAGACAGCUAACUCUUCUGGAGUUUGAGAUGUACAAGAAUGUGAAGCCAUCGGAGCUGGUCGGCUCGCCGUGGACCAAAAAGGAUAAGGAGUUAAAGAGUCCCAAUCUGCUCAAGAUUAUGAAGCAUACGACAAAUGUGACGCGCUGGAUCGAAAGGUCCAUCAUGGAGGCGGAGAACUUCGAUGAGCGGCUGGCCAUUAUGCAGCGCGCCAUUGAGGUGAUGAUGGUGAUGCUGGAGCUGAACAAUUUCAAUGGCAUCCUAUCGAUUGUUGCUGCCAUGGGCACAGCGGCUGUGUUUCGACUGCGUUUCACGUUCAAUGCGCUGCCGGAGCGGCAUCGCAAAUUCCUUGACGAGUGCCGUGAACUAAGCGAAGAUCAUCUCAAGAAAUACCAGGAGCGCCUACGCUCCAUUAAUCCGCCCUGUGUGCCAUUUUUUGGUCGCUAUUUGACGAACAUCCUACAUCUGGAAGAGGGCAAUCCGGAUUUGCUGACCAACACCGAGUUGAUUAACUUCUCCAAGCGACGGAAAGUAUCGGAAAUCAUUGGCGAGAUUCAACAGUAUCAAAAUCAACCUUAUUGCCUCAACGAGGAGCCCACAAUACGGCACUUCUUCGAGCAGCUCGAUCCAUUUAACGGACUCUCCGACAAAGAAAUGUCCGACUAUCUCUACAAUGAAAGUAUGCGCAUUGAACCGCGCGCCAGCAAAACAGUACCCAAAUUUCCACGCAAAUGGCCGAACAUUCCGCUCAAGUCGCCAGGCAUUAAACCGCGUCGUCAAAACCAAAGCAACAAUAGCAGCAAGCUGUCCAGCAAUGUGCCCGUUAACGUGGAGCCACCAAUGCCAGCGGCGGCAGCAACAACAACAACGACGACGGCGACAACAGCAGCAGUCACAUCCAGCAUCGGCGAGCAGAGUCCGCAGCAUAAUCCGCAUGCAUAUUCCGUAUUUGCGCCUGUCAUCAUUCCAGAGCGCAAUGGGGGUAGCAGCUGGAGCAGCGUUGCGCCGCAUCGGACACCUGACAAUGGUGAGGUGGCGCCGGCGCCGCAUCUGCCGCGUAAGCCGGCGGCGCACGUAUGGACACACAACAGCGCGCCAGCGGAUGUGUUUAGUCCAGCGCUGGCGGAGACACAGCCCUCAGCAGCAGCUGCCGCAGUUGGAGCAGCAGCCGCUGCAGCUGCCGGCGGCUGGAACAACAUAUCCGAUUGCUAUGUCAUCUCGGAUGCAAGUUCGGAUGUGUUGCCGCCAUCGCCGCUACCCAAACUGAUGAUAAGUCCGCGGCAUGAGGCGACGCCGUUGCCACCAGCACCGCAAGGUAGCAGCAAUCGUUCACCAUUCCAUGGACGCACUGCACACACGCAAUACAGUCCGACACACAGCAUUGCCAGCACAGUGACGCUCAUUGGAGGCGGCGGCAGCGGCAGUGGCGGUCUUGGAGAUGUGAGUCCACAAUUGGGCGGCUUCUAUUACAACAGCGAGCAGAGCCAUGGCCAGGCGGCCGGAGUGCCCAUAUCGCCGCAUGUCAACGUGCCCACUGCAACCACACUGGAGUACCGAGCAGUGCCGCCACCACUGCCACCGCGUCGCAAGGAACGCACGGAGAGCUGCGCGGAUAUGGCACAAAAGCGUCAAGCGCCCGAUGCACCCACACUACCUCCGCGCGAUGGCGAGCUGAGCCCACCACCCAUACCGCCCCGACUCAAUCAUUCCAUGGCAGCGGGCUAUGCACGUCAGCCAAAGGAGUUUGUUGGCAGAAGCAGCAGUUUGCUGCUACCUCACACGAGCAGUAUUAUGAUACGCCGCAAUUCGGCAAAGCAGCCAUCGCUGUCCGUUAAUGCGGCUGCUGUAACGGGCAGCGGAUUGGGUGUCACCAAUGCCGCAACAGCGGAAUCAACUGGCAUGGCCAGUGAUGAGCAGCUGCAGCAACCGCAACUGCUGCAGCAGCCACCGCAGUCGAUCUCGCCGGCGUUGAGCUCCUCGACGACCACAUCUCCCAUGACACCAAUGACGCCCAUGUCCCCGUACAUUCCCAGCACCAUUGACGCCAACACGUCGAGCAGCUACCAGCAGCAACAGCAGCGCCUCAGGCCACAACAGCCGCAAACACAGCAGUCAGUUGCUUAUACACAGCAUCAACACCAGCAGCACCAGCAGCAGCAACAACAUCAUCACCAGCAUCAUCAGCAUCAUACGCAUACACAUCCACAUUCUCAACAUCAGCAUUCAUCACAGCACCCGAACAGACGCUCGUCUCCAAAGGAAUUCUUUUCGAUUGCCACGAGCCACGAGGGCACACCCAAACUUCCACCAAAACCUAGUCUAAGCGCAAAUUUAUACAACAAUCCAGAUAAAGGUACGAUGUUUCUUUACCCAAGUACAAACCAAGAUUAAUAUUUAUUGCCUGGCGAUGUGUGAUAGGACAAACAAAACAAAAACAAAAAAAAAAAAAAAAACGAGAGAACCGCAGAUAGGAGAGAAAAUAACGUUAAAUCGUGGCAGCAAAUGCAUAGGAAAUGUAAAAGAUAGAUACAACAAAGAAAAGUGUAUAUGUAUGUUUAUUUUAUGAGAUAUAGCAUGGAACGAGUUAAAUGCGACGAUUUUUAUUAUUCCAAACUCAAAAAUGAAAAACAAAACAAAUACAAAUU